AUGAUUGGGGUGAGUAUCUCGUCAGACUACACUGUCAAAAUUGUCGCUAAAUUCCUUGGAGGCAAGAAAGGAAAGGACUCUGCCGCCGCCAAAUAUGCUGCUGCCACUCCCCCCGAUAACUUCACCAUCCAAGAAGACAAACCAUAUGCCGAGCUAUGGAUGGGAACCCAUCCCUCCCUGCCAUCCAAAGAUCUCGUUACAGGUCGUUCUCUACUCGACCUCGUCUCUGACAACCAAGCAUUAAUGGGCACCGACAUUUCCACCAAAUACCAAAAGAAGCUCCCUUUCCUGUUCAAAGUCUUGUCCAUCAACAAAGCCCUUUCUAUCCAAGCUCACCCCAACAAAAAACUCGCAGAGAAACUCCACGCCAAAGAUCCCCAGAACUACCCAGAUGAUAACCACAAACCGGAAAUGACCCUUGCCAUCACUCCUUUCGAAGGGCUCUGUGGAUUUCGCCCACUCAAAGAAAUCGCCCAUUUCCUGUCCACCAUCCCACCUCUCCGCGAACUGGUGGGUGACAGUGAGGCCAAAGGCCUCGAGGAGAUCGCCAAUUCCUCUUCUCCGUCUCUAUCAGACGCGAAGGCUCGCCUCAAGACCGCCUUCACCUCGCUCAUGCAAUCACCUCGUGCCGAAGUCGCGGCUCAGUCCAAAAUCCUUCUCCAGCUCGCUCGAGCGGGCUCCAUCAGCCCGGGCCCCAGCAUCAACACCUCGGAAGAGCUCUGCGAACUCGUUCAGCGCUGCAACAGCCAAUUUCCCGAAGACAUUGGCCUUUUCGUGCUCUUCUUCCUGAACUUCGUCAAACUCUCCCCCGGACAGGCUAUGUAUCUCAAAGCGGACGACAUUCACGCCUAUAUCUCCGGCGAUAUCAUUGAGUGCAUGGCAAGCAGCGACAACGUCAUCCGUGCAGGCUUCACACCCAAGUUCCAGGACGUCGAUACUUUGACAGAUAUCCUUACCUACGACCACAAUCCUCCCGAGCAACAAUUGCUUCAACCCGUCGAUUACCCGUACGUCACCUUGAAUGACAAGGCAUACAGUUCAGCCAGUGAGUCGUUACUCUAUGAUCCACCGAUUGAGGAGUUCAGCGUCGUGCGCACCGUGCUCAACAAGGACGGAGCGAAGGCCACCUUUGAAGGCAUCGCGGGACCGAGCAUCAUCAUCUGCACCAGCGGAGAAGGCAAGGUCAGUGUAGGCCCCAAGACGGAGGACUUGAAAGAAGGAUGGGUUUACUUCGUCGGCGCCACGGCCGAGUUGGUGGUUGAGAACACAAGUGAGAAACUCGUUACGUUCAGGGCAUUCUGUGAGAUCGACGACUCCGCCAAGGAAAAUGGUGUGCAUUGA